GGGUACAUUUAAAAAGCUGAUGUUUCGUUAAGGAUAAGCAAAACAGGACUUGGAAAAAACAUGCACCUGUUUCUCAUGCAUUGACCGAUCUACUGUUACUUGACUGCACGUGUCUGAUCAAACUCCGUCGUGCAAGCAGCGGUGACGGGCUGAUGGGGACUCUCCGUGACCUCCAGUUUGCCCUGCAGACUAAGAUUGAGGAGCUGCGCCAACGUGACGCCCUCAUCGAUGAACUGGAGCUGGAGCUGGACUCCAAAGAUGAGCUCAUCAGACAGCUGCAGGGCGAGCUGGACCGUCUCCGCACCGCCUCUGUCUCACUCAACCCCUCCGGGACGACAGAAGCCACAGGAGCAGCGUUACCAGAUGAGCCCCAGCGAACUAAACGCCAGGCCAUUUCAGCCGAACCCACGGGGCUGGAUCCAAAUCAACUCGCCCACGUCACCCUCACCAACUACAGCAAGAGCGAGGAGUCUCGAGAGUUGAUCCAAAAGGCUCUUUUGGAGAAUGAUUUCAUGAAGCACCUGGAGGCCAGUCAGAUCCUCACCAUCAUGGACUGUAUGUAUCCCACCACACUGGCACAGGGCUGCUGCGUCAUCCAGGAGGGCGACGACGGCUCUACCGUCUACGUCCUGGAAGAGGGGUCUGUGGAGGUUACCAAAGGAGAGCGGAAGCUGUGCACCAUCGAGCCGGGGAAAGUGUUCGGAGAGCUGGCAAUCCUCUAUAACUGCACGCGCACGGCCACCGUCACGGCCCUGACUGAUAUCAAACUAUGGGCUAUAGAUCGACAGGGUUUCCAAACCAUCAUGAUGAGAACUGGUCUUCUCAAGCAUUCGAACUACAUGGAGUUCUUGAGAAGUGUCCCCUCCUUCAAGACUCUCACUGAAGAUGUGCUGAGUAAAGUAGCAGAUGUUCUGGAAGAGACUCACUACAGUGAUGGUGACUACAUCAUUCGUCAGGGCGCUACUGGAGACACAUUCUUCAUCAUCAGUGAGGGUCAGGUGAGGGUCACCCAGCAGAAAUCAGCCAGUGAGGAGCCAGUGUUCCUGUCCACGCUGUCUACAGGGGAUUGGUUUGGAGAGCAGGCUCUCAAAGGGGAAGAUGUUCGUACAGCAAAUGUAACGGCUGUUGGAGAUGUGACAUGUCUGGUUGUGGACAGAGAGUCUUUUAAGCAGCUGAUCGGAGGACUGGAUAAUAUGAGCAACAAGAUGUAUGAGAGUGAAGAGGUGAAGACCAGGUUGGAGGCAGAGGCCGCGUUCUUCUCUAAUAUGUCUCUCAGUGACGUCCGUGUGAUCUGCACGCUUGGGGUGGGCGGCUUCAGUCGGGUGGAGCUGGUGCAGCUGAAGAACGAUCACAGUCGCUCCUUUGCCAUGAAGGUCCUGAAAAAGCGCCACAUCCUGGACACGAGUCAGCAGGGCCACAUCCUGUCAGAGAGACGCAUCAUGAUGGAAGCCCACAGCCCUUUUACUGUCAGACUUUAUCGGACCUUCAGAGAUUCGAAGUACCUAUACAUGCUGCUGGAGGCGUGUUUGGGUGGAGAGCUGUGGACUCUGCUCAGAGACAGAGGCUCGUUUGAUGACAGCACCACACGCUUCUACGCUGGAUGUGUGGUGGAAGCUCUCGCUUUUCUACAUUCCCGUGGAAUCAUCUACAGAGACCUGAAGCCUGAGAACAUCAUACUGGACCACCGGGGAUAUGCCAAGCUUGUGGACUUUGGUUUUGCUAAAAAAGUUGGCUUGGGGAAGAAGACAUGGACGUUUUGUGGCACUCCAGAGUACGUGGCCCCUGAGAUCAUCCUAAAUAAAGGACAUGACAUCUCGGCCGACUACUGGUCUCUAGGAAUCCUCGUCUUUGAGCUGCUGAGCGGAAGCCCACCUUUCUCAGAGUCAGAUCCCAUGAAGACGUACAACAUUAUUCUUCGAGGAAUCGAUAUGGUGGAGUUUCCCAAGAAAAUCACUAAGAGUGCUGCGAACUUGAUCAAGAGACUGUGCAGGGACAAUCCGUCUGAGAGACUCGGCAACCAGAAGAACGGCGUGAAGGACAUCCAGAAACACAAAUGGUUCGAGGGGUUUAACUGGGAUGGUAUUCGUGAAGGGACCCUGACUCCUCUGUUUAUACCAAAUGUGGAAGGACCUUUGGACACGAGUAAUUUCGACAGUUUCCCUGAGGACACAGAUGAGCCGCCGCCUGAUGAGGAGUCCGGCUGGGACCUGGAGUUCUGAUCGGAGGGACCAAACACUUAUAUGAAUGAUUUCCAGAAUAAAAACAACAACAGACCUGAACGUCAUGUGCAAAUAAAUGUUUUUAUUCUUCA